ACGUGUACCAUGGACAUUAUAUAAAGGGGACUCCAACUGCUUCUGCACCACUUGAGAACCAACGUUGAACCUGAAAUCAGCUUUGAAGUUUGCGACGUUUUGUAGGAUGGCCAGCUCGGUUACCGAUCUUGAUGAACUCCUCAAACAAUGGGCGUGGAAAAUAUAUACACGGACGAAAAAUGCUGUGACUAUCGACAAUGCACAGCUCGAUGUGGUUUGGAAUAAGGUCCGUUUCCUUUCCUCCCAACCAACCUUUUCGAAGCAGCAUAAAUCAAGUGUUCCACAAUCUCAGAUCGUGUUCAGUUCGACAUUCGACAAUGAGACAAGGCAAUAUCAACUGCACAACUUCCAGACUCAACGUUCCACGAUUGCGACAGUGACAACGACGAUGUCCAAAGGCUUCACACGCGGGGUCAAUGCAGGAAUCAAGCUUCCGGUCCCACCGGAAGUUCUCACCUCUACAGCUGGGUUCGGCAACGAAGUCACUAUUGAAUGCGAGGAUGAAAAUACGGUACAGAAUUCUCUCUCCUGGGCCGUCAACACGACUGUCAAAGCGCCGAAGGAAAUGCGAACUGUUGCUGAGCUUGAAAUACUUGAAGAAGAAUUCAAAUGCAGCUUCAAGAUGAACGUAUCCUUCCGAGGGAUGGUGAAAGUGAAGAUCACAGAAUUACCAUCUGAAAAAGUACUGAUUGUAGAAAAUGAUAUCGCCCAGAUUCUACGUGACAGUAAUGCCAUACUACCAGACUGUGUGGAGAUAACCCCCAAGAAAGUGGUUUGGCCUAUAAUCGGGAAGGUUCGGUUCCGGUAUGGUGUUUCUCAAAAGAUCCGGGUGUAUCAGGAAGACGUACCUGACGAUGAUGAUGACAAUGGUGAUGAUGACGACAAUGGUGAUGAUGACUACAAUGGUGAUGAUGACUACAAUGACGAUUGGUAUAACUGAAAUACGUUUGAAAUCACAUCGUUGUCCUUCAUACAGAUUUGUGAUCUGUACGUACAAUGAUGAACUGAUUGCUAGAAGACUAUAAUUAUAGACCCUUUAAAGUGGCAAAAUCCGUUCAAUAUCGGUUAAUCCAUAAGUCUGUGUGUAUUUAUCCACAAUAUUUUUUGUUGGCAUGACUGGUAGAUAUAUGCAGGUUGCAAGGUGAUUUUGCGAUGUACCUAUGACCAGACAGUUAUCGUGUCUUUUAAACAAACCGUCAUCAGUACCACGGCUGUUCACAUCAUCGGAAUGAGGCUCAAAGUUCGACCAUCCCGACAAAAGGAUCCCAAAUCGUUUAUUUAAUUCACAAACGUCCUGUACACUCUAUUUUUGUUGUUAGCAAAUUCGGCAAACAACUUUGAAUUGGAAUGGAAACUUUAAGUUUUUCGAGACGGUUCAUUUGUGUCAAAUGAUUAUUUCUGGAAGAAAAAAAGUGUCUGUUGAUUACCUGUAUAUAUCAUGUAUUGCAAUUUAGAUUUUAGAAACUUCAUGUUUAUGUAUAUGUGAAAAUUAGAAGAUAAUAAUAUAAUGAUUAUUUUUAAGCUUGCAAAUUUGAUUGUGCAUAUUUUGUACGAUUGGGGAAACUGCACCUUUUGAUAACAUAUAGAACUGACUUCAAAUUUAGGAUAGAACUCGACACUAAAUAUUCAAAAUAUAAACUUCCUUUAAGUUUUUAUACGAUUUAUUAGAAUAAAGUGUAAAUAUAUUCACAUCAGUAUAUGUAAUCUGAAUAAAUUCGGUCACAGCUA